UGCCAACAUCCUUCUGACAGAGGAGAGAGAAAAAAAUUGCUCUGAGAGUUUUAGAGAGAGAAAACAGAAAACAGAAAAAAUACAAAAACAAAAACCAAAAACCAACAAAUACAACUGUAGAUACAUAUACAUACAUAUAGAGAGAGAAAGAGAAGACGGGACAAUUCCUUCUGGUUCUGGGUUAAUCCGUCUGCAAAUUCGGCUCCAUAGAGAGAGAGUGCAGACGCAGCUGGUUUUUUAUCUCAAGAAUCCCCUUUCGUCUCCUUCUACUCUCUCUCUCUCUAUCUCUCGUUGUACCCAAAACCCAUCAACGAUCUCUCAUCUUCUCCACCUCUGUCACAUUCAGUCAAAUUGAAAUUCAAACAAUACCCAUCAUUUGUAUUUGUAUGUUUAGCUGUGUAUUUGUUAAAGUAUGAAAUUUGGGUUUGGGUUUGGGUUUGGGUUUUGAUGUCUUCGUCUCACAUGGGUUGCGCGAAAAAUCAAUAGAAGAAGAGGGUAGUUAUGAUUGAAAACAAUAACAACGAUCCAAAUUUUGGUCCAUCUUCUUCUACAAACCUAUCUAUGUUCCAAAACAACCCUAAACAGAAGAGGGUUUAUCAAGUGUGGAAGGGAAGCAAUAAAUUUCUAUGUGGGGGAAGAUUGAUAUUUGGUCCCGAUGUAGCGUCUUUGUUUUUGUCCACAUUCCUAAUUGCAGGCCCUGCAAUAGUUUUUUGUAUAAAAAUCUACCGCAAUAUCACUGAAAGCAAAGGCAAAGAUUGGUAUGUGGUGCUGGUUGUGGGAUCUAUCCUCACUAUUUUGGAUAUAACAUUUCUCUUAUUGACAUCCAGUAGAGAUCCAGGAAUAGUGCCUAGAAACUUAAAGCCUCCUGAAUCAGAUGAAGCAUAUGAUGCGGGUACCCCUUCGAUGGAGUGGGUUAAUGGUAGAACCCCUCAUUUGACACUACCCCGAAUGAAGGAUGUGAUUAUCAAUGGGCAUACAGUUAAAGUGAAGUACUGUGAUACUUGCUUGCUUUACCGUCCUCCCCGUGCUUCUCAUUGCUCCAUCUGCAAUAACUGUGUUCAAAGAUUUGACCAUCACUGUCCAUGGGUUGGUCAGUGCAUUGGAGUACGUAAUUAUCGGUUCUUCUACAUGUUCAUAUUAACAUCAACAAUCUUAUGCAUAUACGUGUUUGUGUUUUCUUGGAUCAACAUUCUUCAACGAAAAGAACGCACUGUUUUGAAGGCCAUGUCACGAGAUUUCUUGUCAGAUUUUCUCAUAGUGUACUGCUUCAUUGCUGUAUGGUUUGUGGGUGGACUCACAGUUUUCCAUUUCUAUCUAACUUGCACAAACCAGACGACUUAUGAGAACUUUCGUUAUCGAUAUGACAAGAAGGAGAAUCCAUAUAACAAGGGGACGAUAAAUAACCUUAGAGAAGUCUUUUUUUCCAAAAUUCCACCUUCAUUGAAUGAUUUCCGGGCAUUAGUGCAUGAAUAUGAAAAUGUAGUGAUGGAGUCCACAACUCCAAACCUUGUGGGAAGCCUUGGUAGCUCAAAAGAGAAGAUUGAUAUUGAGAUGGGAAAUCUUGCUGAGGAGAGUGGCUAUUCUCUUCCUGAAAUUUUGCGCAAUUUGAAUUACGAUGAAAUAGAGGAAAAUUUUAAAUCUGACGGAGAUGGAAGAAUAGAUUCGGAACCAUAUUUCUUUUCUGUUGAAGAGACAAGGCUUUCUACUCAGAGCUCCAUGGCCGAAGAAGAUGAGUCUCAUGAAGAGGGUAAAACCGACAUUGGGUGUAGCUCACAUCAAACUAUGGGGAGCUCCAUUGUUGAAAACGGGACUGAUGUAGAGGAGAGGGGUGAUGAAUCUCAUCAUACCACAACGACAUCUCGUCAAGACUAAAGGUUUGCUUUGGGAAAUCUUUUUAUGGCAGAAAUACAGUGAUGUGGAUGAUGAGGAUCGCUUGUUUUUUUCCUGGUGCCAGUAUAUUUUCGCUUGGGAGGCUAUUUGAGCUCUCCAAUUGGACAAUUAUACUGAAAAUUUGAAAAGAUUAGUCAAAAAUAUUUCAAACUCAUGCUUGUUGUAAGUAGUAAUUCAUCUCAAAAUAAUGCAGGAACUUGCAACAGAACCAAGCAAUCCUGUAAGGGUGAAAAUGUUCAGUAGGUUCUCCCCCUAUCUUCUCCUCUUUUUUUUUGUUUUUUGGGUUUUCUUUUAUAAUCAUUGAGACUUGAAUUGGAGAUUUCUUUAUUAGUUAGCCAGGGAUUGUAGAAUAAAGCAGAUUGAUGGUUGUUUGGAAGGUGAAUUAGAUUGAACCUUUUGCUGAUUUCGUUCUCUUUUUGGUUUGUCAUUCCUAAAGAUUAUUUUAUGAGAUGUACAGGUGAUUUACACUACAUUUGAAGGAAGCUUGUGUUUGUUAUC